AUUUACCGGAAGUGCUUAUUUACGGACCAACAUAUUUAGCUUAACGCAAGCGUUAUCACGGCCAAUUCCAAUCUGAUUUGUAAAGUUAAUAAACUGCUUUCAUUUCGCUGAAACGAUUCAUUGUGUUCGCUGGGUGCCUUGGUGGAGCUGCAAACUGCAUCAGUCAAACAUCUAAACUCUUCUCUCUUCCUUAAACAUACAACUUUCGACCCAUUUAAAGACCUCUGUCUCUCUGGCUCCCACAUGAGCGCAGUGUUCUAUUCCCGCUGGGCCGAGCGCCAUGCCUGACCGGGAUAGCACCUACCCGGCAGGUGGCGGUGGUGGAGGUAGCGUGACUGGGGUGGGCACUGGGGUUGGGGAGGAGGCCAGUUCAGGGUCAGUUUUGGGUGGAGGGGUAGCAGAAGGUCGAGUGACCAUGGGGGGCAGUUCAGUGGGUUGUGGAGGGGGUAACGGAGGUGGUGGGGCAUUAGGAAAUGGGAAUAGCUGCGGUGGUUUCAGCUCCAGUUUGGGACUCGACGGCGUUUGCCGGGACUUUUUGCGGAACGUGUGCAAGCGUGGCAAACGUUGCCGUUUCCGCCAUCCGGACUUCAGUGAGGUUCCUGAUUUGGGAGUGCAGAAGAACGAAUUCAUCUUCUGUCAUGACCACCAAAACAAAGAGUGCGUGCGCACCAAUUGCCGAUUUGUUCACGGAUCUAAAGAGGACGAGGACUAUUAUAAGAAAACUGGCGAGUUGCCCUUGCGACUAAGGGGGAAGGUGGCUGCCGGAUUGGGACUGUCCCCUACCGAUCUUCCCUUGAGCCGUGGUGAAGUCCCCAUUUGCAGAGACUACCUGAAAGGUGAAUGCCAGAGGAGCAACAAGUGCAAGUUCCGUCACGUGCAGAAAGACUACGAGUACGAGGCUUCGUCGAGGGUUGGGGUUGGAUGUAUGAUGGGUGUAACGGGUGGGGUUAGUGGGAUGGUAAACACAGGUGGAGGAGGGGCGGUUGGUGUUGGUGUUGCUUGUGGUGGGAUGUCUGGACUUGUUGGUGGUGGUGGUGUAGGAAAUUACAUGGGGAUGGGAUGUCCCAACAUGGGUGGAUACAGAGAACAAGGACUGUCAGGUGGAGGGGGAGGCGGGGGUUCGAUGAGUGGCUGCAUGUCAAUAGGCACUGCCAGUCAUCGACGUUACGACAGGGGCCCAUGCUCCGUGUAUGACCCCCUUUUUGAAAAUGGCUUGUUUGAAGCAGGGCCAGUGGAAGCUCCUGUUGACUACACGGCCCACCAGCUGAAGAGACGGCGAUUAGAAGGGUUGAGAUUUACUGAUGUGGCUGGAGGAGGACAUUAUGACCUGGGGGUUCAGGCCACCCUUCCAACCCGACCACUAGAAUACCGUUUACUAGAAGAGGAGAAUGCCUUAUUGAGAAAAAGAGUGGAGGAGCUUAAGAAACAGGUGUCCAACCUCUUAGCCACCAACGAGGUCCUCUUGGAGCAGAACGCUCAGUUCAGAAGUCAAGCUAAAGUGAUGACGCUGUCCUCCACCCCUGCACCGUCCGAUCAGAGUCUGGUGACCCCUGUUGGUUCCGUGAGCUCCUACAACCAUGGCAUCGCCCAGACGCACACCACUCUUAGCAACGCCGGUCUGCAGCCCCGCCCCGUCACCCAACAAGAUUUGGUGGCCCCAGCAGGCGCUCCAACCGCACCUCAAGCAAAUGCGGCACCCCCCACCGCACCACCACCCCAUCUGAACCCUGACCCCAUCUCAGCUGCACUGGCUCAGACUAUUGCCCAGGGAAUGGCACCUCCUGUUUCCAUGGCCCCUGUAACAGUUUCAGUAGCGCCAGUUGCCGUGUCAAUGGCACAGCCGUUGGCGGGGAUCACAAUAAGUCAUGCCACAACGCCAAUGGUGACGUACCCCAUUGCCAGUCAAAGUAUGAGAAUCACGACUUUGCCUCAUUAACAUGGGCUGAACUCUUAAAGGGAUAGUUCACCCACAAAUGAAAAUUCUGUCAUCAUUUAAUCACCCAUGUGUCAUUUUACACGUCAAUGACUUGAAUGUCUUCUAUGAAAAGUAAAUGAUGACAGAAUAAUUGUACCCCUUUAAGCAGUAUAUACUGUAUGUGCUUGCCCUCAAUAUACACAUAAUAACUCAGUUUAUGUUUUACAAAAUCAGGAAACUUCACUAAUACCCUUUUUUUUACUUUCCAGUCAAGUUUCUCAGGUUAAAGGACUAUUUUCAUUGAACUCUGAGAAUUCUGUAGAAAAAAUACAGAUUCACUUGAAAAUGUACAGAACAUGAUUCGUUAUUUUUCUCGUGCUUUAGUGGACAAUUGCUUUUAAUCGAGUGCCGAAGUGUGCCAUAAAGACUCCAAAAAUGCCUACUUUCCAGGCUUUGGAUAUGGACUUUAACACCAACCCAUGUGAACUCAUUUUUGAAAGAUUCUGUAAAAUAUUCAAAAGCUAAUCUCUACAGAAGGAUUGUGAAUUUACUUGUUAGCUGUCAGUUUAAGUUUUACUCCAUACUAAUCGUUUGUUUUGUGAAUGGUUUCUUGUGAACUGAAUAGAAGUAUUUUUCACAAAAUGAAUGAACAAGAAAAUCAGAUACCUUUAAGCACCAUUAUCAAUUCUUGUCAUGUUUAAUACAAAAAAAGAAAAAGGUGAGCAUAAUUUGUUUUAUGUAGUUCCUAUGGAAACUAAACGCAUUGUUCAGUGAGAAUACUGAUUGUGGUUCCUUCAGGUCAGGUGAGUACCUUUCUCAAGUGUUUCUCAAAUGAUUUCGCAAACUUGUUUUUGUAGUCUCUUUCGUUCAAUAUAUGGUAUUAUUUUACAUAAUAACCCUCAUGUUCUGUUGACAUUGACUUCCAGGUUGUUUUGGGAUCCCAGAAACAUUUAAGCGAUGUGACAUUUUGAAAUGAGCCUAUUUUUUUCCCCCUUCAAAUAUAUGAAAAAGAAAAUCUCCACCCAAAUGAAAACCACAUGGACAAAUAUUUGUGAUGCUUUAGCCUGUUGUUGUGCCACAAAGUAGGUAUGCACUUUUUUAAUUGUCAGGACAGGAUUAUACUCCAAUUAUAAAAUAUUUCAUUGCAUUGAGAACUAAAACACAUGGAAGACUUUUGAAACAUUAAGUUGAAAUCUUAUUCACAAUCAGUUCUGUUUAAAUUACAUAAAUCAUAAUCUGUCAAUCUGAUUCGUCAGUGUCUUAUAGUAUUUUUUUAUGCUAGGAUUUGGGGUCUCUCUGUCCUGUCCAGUACAUGAGGGUUAAAGGAUAUUCUGGGAUCAAUCAAACAGCGUUUGUGUCAUGAUAUUGAUUAACACAAAAGUGUAUUUCGACUUGUCCCUCCUUUUCUUUGAAAAAAAUAAAAGCAAAAAUCUGGGUUACAGUGAGGCACUUACAAUGGAAGUGAAUGGGGGUCGAUCCGUAAAUGUUAAAAUACUCACCGUUUCAAACGUAUUGGCACAAGACGCAAACAAUAUGCACAUUAACAUGAUUUUAGUGUGAUAAAAGCACUAACUUACCUAAUUGUGUAAAGUUAUAUCCAAUUUUACAACUUCGUUGCCAUGGCAGCAUAACCCUGUAAACCCCAAAACCAUAACACGAUGAUUUUAACAACUUUACAGUUUAAAUAAGACACAGGUUUUAACAGAAUAGUUAAUCUAAAUGCUUUUAUAAAAUUACAAGCUUAACAUUUCUGUCUUUAAACCCUCCAAAAAUUGGCCACAUUCACUUCCAUUGUAAGUGCCUCACUGUACCUCCAUUUCUUCCCUACCAAUGUGGUUUUGCAACUAUUUUGAAAGAAGGGACCAGUCGAAAUUAUUUUUGUGGUAAUCAACAUUAUGCCACAUAAUGCUGUAGAUUGAGCUCAAAGUAUAUUGAACCCGGAAUAUUCCUUAAUGAGGAGGGAGACUUUCUAAUAUUGUAAAGCAAAAAGAAUAUUUUUUCACAGUACUGUUAGCUAUUUUAGAAAUAUGUUAAAAUGGCCAGACAAUGUGACCACUUCCCAAGUGUAUGUCUUCAGGGGAGCUGCCAGCCUUGUAGGCCUGCAGAACAUGAGCAAUAAAGGGAAAUAAAAAGGAAAUGGGUGAAUUUAGAUCAAUUUGGAACCAAUCCUUAUGAAACAAGUUUGUCCUACUGGGAAAACUGAAAUUGUUUAAAUUCCAAAACAAAUAAAAUGAUAAUAAAUAGAAUUUUCUGUUUUAUUUAGAAUUUCCACAAUGUAAUUUGAUCAGUGGAGGAUUAUUUGAGGAGUGUUGGUUGCUUCCAUUUGGAUUGGUUAUGAUUAAGUUUUCUUUUUACCUGGGAUUAUGACUAGUCAAAAUUGCCAUAUCUGAUAUGCUAUCUGUUAGGGUACAACAGGGCUAAAGGCAUACCUUA